AUGAUGGAAACGAGUUACUCAUCGCGAGUGUUUCGCGGUGUUCAUUUCGUUCUCCAUGGCUUCAAUCCCGUCGCCGAAAGCCAGAUCCGGUUCAAGCUUGUGAAUGGCGGUGGAAUUGACGUUGGGGAGUACGGUGUGAGUUGCACGCAUGUCAUUGUCGAUAAGAUUGCUUAUGACGAUCCUGUGUGUGUUGCUGCGAGAAAUGAUCGGAAGACGCUCGUCACUGCACUGUGGGUUGAUCACAGUGCUGAUAUUGGAAUGCCCGUUGAUGCUGCUUCGGUUAUGUAUAGACCUCCUAAAGACUUUAAUGGAAUACCAGGUGCGAAAGAUUUGAUAAUGUGCUUGACUGGUUAUCUACGCCAGGAUCGGGAUGACAUUAUGACAAUGGUUAGCCUGAUGGGUGCACAGUUUUCUAAACCAUUAGUGGCAAACAAGGUUACUCACCUCAUAUGCUAUAAAUUUGAAGGAGAAAAGUAUGUGCUUGCCAAGAGAUUGGGUACAAUAAAGCUAGUUAAUCAUCGUUGGUUGGAAGAUUGGUAUGUAUAUCCUGUUAGCUUGACAUGGAUGUGA